AUGCCUGGAUGGAAGACUGGAUGUAAAGAGGAAGAAUUGAUGAGAAAUUGGCAUUACUUUGGGACAAUGGCUGGAGCCAUGAGAGAAUAUGUGCAAAAAUAUGACAGUGGUGGCAGGUGCUGGAGGAAGACUGGCAGAUGUUUGAAAAAAAAAAAUGCGGUCCUUGUAGUUCAUCAGAGAAUUCAUACUGGAGAGAAGCCUUACAAAUGUGGUGAAUGUGGCAAUGUCUUUAGUCAAAAAACACACCUUACAAGUCAUCUGGUAACUCAUACUGGAGAGAAACCUCACAAAUGUAAUGAGUGUGGCAAGUUUUUUCGGGAUAAGAGAACCUUUACAAGGCAUCAACAAAUUCAUACUGCAGUGAAACCUUACAGAUGUAAUGAGUGUGGGAAGUUCUUUCGUGAGAAGCCAACCCUUAGAAGGCAUCAGCAAGUUCACACUGGAGAAAAACCUUACAAAUGUAAUGAGUGUGGCAGAGUCUUUAGUCAAAAUUCAAACCUUGCACGUCAUCAGAGAAUUCAUAAUGGUGAGAAACCUUACAAAUGUAAUCAGUGUGGCAAGCUCUUUAAUAGAAAAGGAAACCUUGCAGUUCAUCAGAGAAUUCAUACUGGGGAGAAACCUUACAAAUGUGGUGAGUGUGGCAAAGUUUUUAGUAAAAAUUCAAACCUUGUGUGUCAUCAGAGAAUUCAUACUGGGGAGAAACCUUACAAAUGUAACGAGUGUGGCAAAGUCUUUCGUUACAAACAGCGUCUUCAAAUUCAUCACAGACUACAUAAUGGAUAG